AAGUGAUAUAUUAAAGUAAUUCAGCUCGUAAUUAAGACUUAGUUUAUCGGGAGCGUCGUAUUAAAGCGGUGGCGCUGUCAGGCUUAUAGUGUUAAGAUUGACGCGAUCAAUUGGUUAUUACCUGCCUCUGAUUAGUGCCACCUAACAGUGACGAUGGCUAUCAAUACCGCACAGUGUGCUUGUAGGUGGAUUUUGAGUCGCCAACUUAAGUUCAAGCAGGCCGUUAGAAGCUGUCACCUACAAACCAAACAGGCUUUGGGCCCGGAGGAGUAUAAGCAAUACGAAGAUGAAAGCGAAUUCACAUUUAAGUUCUCCGAGUUAACAACAACAUUGGCCGAACCAAAUCAGUUGCGUUCAAAACCAGACGUAAGCGAACUGAAGUUUGGGCAAGUUUUUACCGAUCACAUGCUGAAGAUUUUCUACCACGAAGCUCUUGGUGGUUGGCAAAAGCCCGCGAUAAUUCCCUUCGAAAACAUCUCCCUGCACCCGGCUGCUAAAGUUCUCCAUUACGCCAUCGAGCUGUUCGAAGGCUUGAAGGCGUACAGGGGCGUAGAUGGAAAAAUACGAGUUUUCCGGCCCGACCUAAACAUGAAUCGCAUGAACUUAUCGGCGAAAGGUACCGGACUUCCCACAUUCGAUGGCAUGGAGUUAAUUAAGUGCAUGAAUCGAUUGAUACAAGUUGAUCAAGAGUGGGUUCCUCAUUCGGAAGCCUCGAGCCUGUACAUAAGACCUACGCUCAUUGGAAUUGAUGGAACUUUGGGAGUUGCAAAAUCUAAUUCGGCACUUCUCUACACGAUUUUAUGUCCGGUCGGUGCGUAUUUCGAUAAAGGUAACGAGUCUGUGUCUCUACUGGCCGAUCCUACCUACACGCGAGCUUGGCCAGGGGGUUGCGGUGACCGAAAGAUGGGUUCCAAUUACGGUCCUACAAUUAGAGUACAAAGUAAAGCGGUCAGAAAGGGCUGUCAACAAGUGUUAUGGUUGUACGGAGAAGAUCACCAGAUUACCGAAGUUGGCACCAUGAAUAUAUUUAUGCUUUACGUCAAUGAACAAGGAGAAAAAGUACUGGCAACUCCACCUCUUAACGGGUUAAUAUUACCAGGCGUUACUCGGCAAUCGAUUAUUGAACUGGCACAGGAACUCGGAAAUAUGCAAAUUCAGCAACGAACUAUCACCAUGAACGAAGUGGUUAGGCUCCAACAAGAAAACAGGUUACUAGAGCUCUUCGGUUCGGGGACGGCGUGCGUAGUCAGUCCGAUUUCGUCGAUAGACUAUUUAGGAUCCUCAAUACAGAUACCCACAACGCAACACUCGAAACCCCUAUAUGAAACUCUACGAAACAGACUAAGCGCAAUUCAAUAUGGACAUUUUGAACAUCCUUGGGCCAUACCCAUUGAGUAAGCGGACCGAAUGAGUAUUUUUGGAAAUUAAGUUCAACGGCAUUUUUGCUAGUGAUAGACGAAGGCCACUAAGUACCUACACAAUUGUGAAUUAUUUAUUAAGUACUAUAAGACAUUAAUAUUCCUUAUACUUAACAUCGAAUUUACCUUAAUUUUAUGUAAAUUGCAUACCUAGCGGGGUAUAAUAAGGUUCACGAAUACGCGUUAAUAAAAAAGCGCCUAUUUCAAA